AUGGCGAUCACUUGGGGAACAAUCAAGUCCCUCUCCCUCUUCUUCGGCCCCAUCCUCCUCCCAAAAGCCCUAGCCUACUACCGCUCCCUGCGCGCCGCACCCUCCAUCCACGAGAUCCCCAUCCGCCCCGUCCCCCCCAACGUCUCCCGCGCUCUCCUAAUUCUCACCUUAACAACCCUUUUCUUCCUCCUCAGUACCCUACCCCCCUCUGCUCCCACCAACAUCUUCACCCUUACCUCCUCGCGCCUACAAAUCAGCACCGACGUCCUGUUCACCCGCCUCUCGACCCUCCGCCCCCUAACCCCCACCGACGAGAUCCUCCGCUCCAAGAUCUCCUCCCUCGAAUCAAGAUACCUGUAUUUCCAAUUCGGGCCCGACGUCCUCACAAACUGCCAAUUCUGCAACGCAGAAGAUCCAAAUUCAUACCUCUACUAUAGCCUCCCCUCGCUCCUCGCACCACACCUCUUCAACCUCUGCGUCCUGGCAUUGGUAACUUCCGGCCUCUUCACAGGCAAAGAAGCAGCGAUAUGGCGGACGACAGCUACGCUUGCAGCUGGAGCAAUGAUGCUCAUCGACAUUUACUUCUUUGCGACUUAUGACUACAAAGCCAAUGCCCGCGCAUUAAGGCUGGAAGAUAUCGAUUUCUUCUUCUGGAAAAUGCGCGUGUGGCGCGGGAUAGGUCUCGCGUUCGUUGAUGGGAUGCUCGGCUGGUUACUAUAUCUUUCCAGCACGAACAGAGCGUUUUUGACGCCGCCGAGUACGGCGGAGAGGGUCGAGGCUUCGACGAGGAUGUUGGAUGUGGUGAGGAGUAAGAUGAGCGCGAUGGGGAUACUGAGAAAUACGAUUAAUCGAGAUGCAGAGUUGAGGGCGAGGAGUCAGGGGUAUUGGGUCCAUGAGGGGAGGGUGAUGGGUGAGUUGAUGCAGGAGAGGGAGGUGGUGGAUGGAGUGAGGAAUGCGUUGGAUGGGAGGAUCAACAUGGCGACGAUUACAGCUGAUGCUGAGACGUAUGCACAGAGUGUCAUUGCGCCUUCGCAGGUACCGGGGAUGAAUGGCAAUAUUUAG